CUCCGCCCGAAACGAGGGAACAAGAAAGGUAGAACCCUCCCGAAUCCCUCGGGUCGCUCUAGUGGUGCAGAUUAGAAGCAAGCAAUGCCGCUACGCGGGUCCUCUCUCGUCUCUCUCCAGAACUCUCCCUCUCCUCAUCCUCUCCUCCCCUCGAAUUCCUUCAAGAAUGUGCUCUCUCCUGGAACCCUGGCUCCCAAUAGGAAGAAGCUCUCAGUCUCCUGCCGUCGCUCCGACUACUUCGACCAGCAGAGGUUCGCGUCCCCGACGCCCCGGGACUCCUCUUUCGCUUCUCAGCCCCCCGGAGGUCCCGCAGUUCAAUCUUCUAGGGUUUUCGUGGGGUACUCCAUCUACAAAGGGAAGGCCGCCCUCACCGUGGAACCGAAAGCUCCCGAGUUCACCCCAUUGGAUUCUGGGGCGUUUAAGCUUUCAAAGGAAGGGUUCAUUCUCCUUCAGUUUGCUCCUGCAGCAGCAGCCCGGCAGUAUGACUGGAACAGGAAGCAGGUUUUCUCUUUAUCUGUACCUGAGAUUGGCACUUUACUGGCUCUUGGUGGAAAGGACUCAUGCGAGUUUUUUCAUGAUCCAUUUAAGGGAAGAAGUGAAGAAGGCAAGAUCCGGAAGGUUUUUAAAGCAGAACCUCUUCCAGAUGGCAGUGGCCACUUUUUUAAUCUUAGUGUUCAGAAUCGCCUCCUGAAUGUGGAUGAAAGCAUUUACAUUCCUAUCACUAAAGCAGAGUUUGCAAUUCUAAAUUCAGCUUUUAAUUUUAUCUUACCAUACCUUCUGGGUUGGCAUGCUUUUGCAAAUGCCAUCAAACCAGAGGACUCCAUUCGUUCAAACAAUAUGACUGCGCGAUCCGGAGCUGAAUUGGAAUGGGGCAGGUGAAGAAUGUGGCACGAAGAGAUGCAUGACAGAUGUUCCCUUUCAAGUCCAUUUCUUCGAGGAAGAAACUUUUGUAUUCCUUCAUGAACGAAAUUUCUAAUUGAUGGCAUUCUUUAUAGGCGUCCACUUCAAGAAGUCUUUGCCUGAUCACCUGUGUCAACGAUAAUCCUCAACUCAUAGUCCAGAGUAGUCUGGCAUCAUAGUAAUUUGCUUAUCCAAGCUCUGUUUGUUUAAUCUUGUGUUUGAUGGCUCUGGAUCUGAGCAAGCUAUGGCCAGAUCGCCAUGAGCCUCUUAAGGUCAUUGUUAUAAAAAUUGUAUCUUGGUCUACUCCUUGAUGGAGUUGCUGUGUCUCCAAGAUAAUGCAGCACUGUUUUGAAAAAUUGUUAGUAAAUCGCUCUUUCUUAAAAUUUGGAAA